GUGGCAAUUACACGUUGAUUUUUCUCAACAAAUCACAAAGACAUUGGCACCCUAUAUCUUAUUUUCGGUGCCUGAGCAGGAAUGGUAGGGACAGCACUUAGCCUCCUUAUUCGAGCAGAACUAAGCCAACCAGGAGCACUUCUGGGGGACGAUCAAAUUUAUAACGUAAUCGUUACUGCUCACGCAUUCGUAAUAAUCUUUUUCAUGGUAAUGCCCAUUCUAAUCGGUGGGUUCGGGAAUUGACUAGUUCCUCUUAUACUAGGGGCCCCAGACAUGGCAUUCCCCCGAAUGAACAAUAUGAGCUUUUGACUCCUUCCUCCUUCUUUCCUUCUCCUCUUAGCAUCAUCUGGUGUUGAAGCAGGAGCCGGAACAGGAUGAACAGUCUACCCCCCUUUAUCAGGAAACCUUGCCCACGCAGGAGCGUCAGUAGAUUUAACAAUCUUCUCUCUCCACUUGGCAGGGAUUUCAUCAAUCCUAGGUGCCAUUAAUUUCAUUACUACUAUUAUUAAUAUGAAACCACCUGCUAUUUCACAAUACCAGACACCUCUAUUUGUCUGAGCUGUAUUAAUCACGGCAGUACUUUUACUUCUUUCACUACCCGUUCUAGCUGCUGGGAUUACUAUGCUUCUUACAGACCGAAACCUAAAUACUACUUUCUUCGACCCAGCAGGGGGAGGAGACCCGAUUCUUUAUCAACACCUAUUCUGAUUCUUCGGACACCCCGAAGUCUACAUUCUUAUUCUUCCUGGAUUCGGGAUGAUUUCCCACAUUGUAGCUUACUACGCCGGAAAAAAAGAACCUUUCGGGUAUAUGGGUAUGGUCUGAGCUAUGAUGGCUAUCGGACUACUAGGGUUCAUUGUAUGAGCCCACCACAUGUUCACAGUAGGUAUGGACGUAGAUACUCGAGCAUACUUCACAUCUGCAACAAUGAUUAUCGCCAUCCCCACAGGAGUAAAAGUCUUUAGCUGACUCGCUACCCUACACGGGGGAGCUAUUAAGUGAGAAACCCCUAUGCUUUGAGCACUAGGUUUUAUCUUCUUAUUCACAGUUGGUGGUCUAACAGGUAUUGUUCUAGCAAAUUCAUCUCUAGACAUUGUUCUCCAUGACACAUACUAUGUAGUAGCACACUUCCACUACGUCCUCUCAAUGGGUGCAGUAUUUGCUAUCGUUGCAGGAUUUGUGCACUGAUUCCCGCUAUUUACAGGAUACACCCUUCACAGCACCUGAACAAAAAUCCACUUUGGCGUUAUGUUCGUAGGGGUAAAUCUUACAUUCUUCCCUCAACACUUCCUAGGACUAGCAGGAAUGCCUCGACGGUACUCCGACUACCCAGACGCGUAUACUCUUUGAAAUACCGUAUCCUCAAUCGGCUCUCUAAUCUCCCUUGUCGCAGUAAUUAUGUUCUUGUUUAUUAUUUGAGAAGCAUUCGCCGCCAAACGAGAAGUAGCAUCAGUAGAGCUAACUAUUACUAACGUAGAAUGACUUCACGGAUGCCCUCCCCCUUAUCACACCUUUGAGGAGCCAGCUUUCGUUCAAGUUAAAUAA